GACAUUUGACCGGAAGUUUUGAUCUUACGAAAUCACGAACCACACAUGCUUGUCCUUGUGGAAACUUCAGUUAUGUAAAACGCACAUUCAACAAAAGUUGUUUGCAAUUAAACAUAAUGUUUUAAAGAUUUGCUUGGUCGCUCGGAUAGGACUUGAGAUACUAGAAGGGUAAAACUGUAAAACAUUGUUUUGCUAAUCAAAGAAAUUGAAUAGAUAACGAUACAUGAUGGCAAGGAGAUCAGACCUCGUAGGAUUCAUCAAAGGUCUAGAGAGCAUAACAAAAGCUCUAAUAGAGACCCAGGGUGGUGAAGUACAACAGGCAUGGAAGAAUAGUACUUUAAGGCCUAUUGUUAAAGACCUUAAAGUCAAAAGUGAAGAAGUUUUCAGUGAUGCUGUAUCUAAACAGCCAGAAAUACAGCAAAGUGUCCAGGAUAAAAUAGUUCUAAUGGCAACACAAGCAAAAACAGUUCUAGAAAUGGCGAGAUCUCAAACAUCAACAGGAUCAAGAUUUAUGAAUUCAAAAAGUGAAGAACUAUUUGAUGACUUUGACCUUUCAGAUGUUCCAGGAGAAAUGCUAUUUUCCGAACAAUCAAUUGGAAUGAAGAAUGAAACAAAAGACCAAAAAUUGCACACAUCUGCUGUCAAGGAAGUUCACAUCAAUAGAGUUAAUAGUGAAGAAUUGAACACAGCUAAUUUACAUAAUAUAAACUCUGCAACAAUUGAAACUUCACCUGAUCUAGGUACACAAUUUAAUCCACCAAAGUCAUCUGAAAAAGAAAUCAAUAUCAAGGGAAGCUUAUUGGAUGGGGUAACAGUUAACUCAUUUGCCAAUGUGAGUGCAGCUGCAAUAGAUCUGAAUACAGUUGAGUCUGCAAAAGUUGAAGGGUUAAAAGAACCUGAGAUAACUUCUGCAACAACAGAGAAAAUUAAAUCUGUUCCACCAAAACCAUUAGCAUCUAGUCAAAAAAGAACUGUUAAUCUUGCUACACCAAAGCUAAGUGAAAGAGCCAAAGAAAGAAGAGUUCCAGCAUCUAGAAUUGGAAGACUUAUGAACUAUGGAGCUUUAACAGCAGGUCUAGGCAUGGGAGCUUUAGCUGAACAGACAAGAAGAACAUUAGGAAUUUCAAAAGAUGCAGGUAUGACAGCUGGAGCAAUAUUAGACAAGUCCAAUCCAUUUCUUACUGAAGCUAAUGCUGAAAGAAUUGUGAACACAUUGUGUCGUGUGAGGGGAGCAGCACUCAAACUGGGGCAGAUGCUCAGCAUUCAGGACAAUUCUUUAAUCAAUCCAGAGAUAACAAAGAUAUUUGACAGAGUCCGACAAAGUGCAGACUUCAUGCCAACAUGGCAGAUGAUGAAAGUUUUGAGGAGAGAACUUGGAAAUGACUGGCAGGAUAAACUUGAAUCGUUUGAUGAGAAGCCAUUUGCUGCGGCAUCUAUAGGACAGGUCCAUAAAGGUGUACUUCAUGAUGGUAGAGAGGUGGCAAUUAAAAUACAGUAUCCAGGAGUAGCUCAAAGUAUUAACAGUGAUAUAAAUAACCUGAUGUCAGUAAUUAACAUCUACAAUAUUCUACCUAAAGGCCUGUAUGUAGAAAAUGUGAUGGAGGUAGCCAAAAUAGAAUUAGCAUGGGAAGUUGACUAUGUGAGGGAAGCUGAAUGUGGAAGAAAAUUCAAGAACUUUUUAGCCGACAAUGAUAAUUUCUAUGUACCUGAAGUGAUAAAUGAAUUAAGCACCAAAGAGAUAUUAACAACAGAGUAUGUAGAAGGUUUACCAUUGGAUCAGUGUGUAGACUUGGACCAAGAAACCAGAAAUAAAAUUGGUCAAAAUUUACUAUAUCUAACUUUAACAGAAUUAUUUGAAUGGAGAUUUAUGCAGACAGAUCCUAACUGGUCAAAUUUCUUCUACGAUCCUAAAACAGAUAAGGUGAUUCUGUUAGAUUUUGGUGCCACUAGAGAAUUCCAUAAAAAGUUUGUUGAUGAUUACAUCAGGAUUAUAAAAUCAGCCAGAGAUCAAGACAGGGAUGGAAUACUGAAAUGGUCUCAGGCCACAGGCUUCCUUACAGGAUAUGAAACUAAGAUUAUGGAGAAAGCCCAUAUAGAAUCAGUGAUGAUUUUAGGCAGAGCAUUUGCAAGCAAAGAACCAUUUGACUUUGGUAAACAGUCUACAGCUAGUCAGAUUCAAGACCAGAUACCCGUCAUGGCUAAACAUAGACUCACACCACCACCAGAGGAAACUUAUUCCUUACACAGAAAAAUGGCUGGAUCUUUUCUGUUAUGUGCCAAAUUAGAAAGUCAGGUUGACUGUGCAACAUUAUUUGAUCAAAUAUGGGACAACUAUCAAUUUGGGACAAUUGAAACAGAAUUAUGAUGAUUAUCAAAUUUAGAACAUUAAUUUAUAUAAUGAGUAAGAUUGUUAUGCCCCAUCCAGGAUAAAAGAGGGAUAGUAUAACUUCUUGUCUUAUGUUUCUAUAAAGACUUAGAAUUCGUAAAGAAGUAUACUUGCAUGUUAUUUAAUAAGCUGCAUUAAGCAAUGGAAAUUAUGUAGUUAUUAUAUAUUGACAGUGAGUCUUUAUUUUGUAUGUCAAUUAUAAGUUAAACUUUAUAUUUAUUUUAAAG